CGUCGCCUGGCCCCGGCCGGCUGCCUGGCCGACCACUGUGCCCUUCCGUGACGCGCCGUGACGACUCGCGGCCGCGCGCCGCCGCAACACCUUCUGGCAUGACUAGUCGCGCACGCCCGCUGUCGCUGUCCCUGUCGCUGCCGCCGCCGCCGUGCUGCUACUCGUCAGUGCGCCGGUGAUCGCCAUGGUGAAACCCGUGACGCCAUAUGCGACGUUCCUGUUGACGAUCGGCGCACUCACCAUGUUCGCCUCUGCCAAAGAUAUUCCGCUGAUUGACGUGACGGUGGUGGCCGGCGAGUCUGCACGCCUGCCGUGCAACAUAUCCACCAGCGACAUCGGCGACACGGUGCUGCUCGUGUUGUGGUACCGAGAGGACCUCGGCACACCAAUCUACAGCGUGGACGCCCGGGAGCGCGACUUCUCGCAGGCGGAGCUGUGGUCGGACGAGCGGGAGCUGGGCCGGCGCGCCUACUUUGUUCGCUCCGGGCAGACGGCGGCGCUGGCGCUGGACCAGACGCUGCCGCGAGACCAGGCCACCUACCGCUGCCGCGUCGACUUCCGCAUCGCGCAGACGCGCAACACGCGCGUCAACCUCACCGUCAUCGAACCGCCAACGCAUCUGGUGAUUCAGGAUGAGGCGGGAAACAAUCGAACAUCGGUAGUCGGACCAUACACCGAGGGAGACAGCCCUUUUCUCUAUUGUGACGUCUAUGGCGGAAGGCCCCGCCCGACGGUGGAGUGGUACCGGGACGACCGGCUGGUGACGAACAAGUCGGUGCAGGUGCCGGGCGGGCAGCUGCGCGCCGAGAUGGCCCUGCGGGCGCUGGGGCGGCAGGACCUGCGCUCCAGCCUGCGCUGUCGCGCCUACAACAACCACCGCCGACCGGCGCUCGAGAGCACCGUCGUCGUCGACAUGAACCUGCGGCCCCUGGAUGUGCGGCUGCUGGGGGUGGGGCAGCCGCUGUCUGCCGGCCGCCGCUACGACCUGCUGUGCCAGUCCUCUGGGUCGCGGCCGCCCGCCAAAAUCACCUGGUGGCUCGACGGUGCCAGACUCGACGGCUCAAAAGAGACGCUGUCCGCCGACGGCAACACGACGACCAGCACGCUGUCUUUCGCGGCGAGCGUCGACGACGCAGACAAGCGGCUGGCCUGCCGCGCGGAGAACAGCGCCGUCUCCAGCGAAGCCCUGGAGGACGGCGCGCGCCUGCAGAUACACUAUGUCCCCGUGACGACGCUGAAGCUGGGGACGUCGCUGCGGCCCGAGAGCAUCCGCGAAGGCUCCGACGUCUACUUCGACUGCCACGUGAAGGCGCAGCCGCCCGUGACCCGCGUCGAGUGGAGGCACAACGGCCGUCCGCUGGGACCGAGCGCUUCGCGCGGCGCCGGCGUCAUCCUCAGCAACCAGAGCCUGGUGCUGCAGUCGGUGGGCCGCGCCAGCGGCGGCAACUACUCCUGCGUCGGCGUCAACUCCGAGGGUGCCGGCGAGAGCAAGCCCUUCCACCUGGACGUGCUCUACGCGCCCACGUGCAAGCCGAACCAGAGCCGCGUGAUCGGAGUGGCCAAGAACGAGCGCGCCAACAUCUCGUGCGAGGUGGAGGCGAACCCGGCGGACGUGUCCUUCCAGUGGGCCUUCAACAACUCUGCGGACAGCCAGGACGUGGCGCCGUCGCGCAUCUCGCUGGCCGGCUCGGUCAGCUACGUCACGUACACGCCCGUCACGGAGCUCGACUACGGGACGCUGCUCUGCUGGGCGCGCAACCGCGUGGGCCGCCAGCGCUCGCCCUGCGUCUUCCACAUCGUCGCCGCCGGUCGCCCUGACCCCGUGCACAACUGCUCGGUGGUGAACGCGUCCACGGACUCUCUGUCGGUGCGCUGCUCCGAGGGCUUCAACGGCGGCCUGCCGCAGUCCUUCCAGAUCGAGGUGCGAGAGGCUCAGUCGCAGCACCUGCGGGCCAACGUGUCUUCAGCGACGCCCGCCUUCAACGUGGGCGGCCUGCGACCCGGCGAGCGCUACCAGGCAUCCGUUUACGCGCACAACCCCAAGGGUCGCAGCGACCCCUUCGUCAUCACCGCGGCCACCGUGCCCGCGCCUGAAAGGCAGCUCACUGCUAGCCACCAAGAGCGGCCGCGCGGCUCGCUGCUGACUCCGGCGCUGAGCGUGGUGGCGGGCGUGGCGGCGGCCCUGCUGGUGGUGUCGCUGGUGACGGCGACGCUGGUGCGCAUGCUGUGCCGGCGGCGCGCCCGCAGGCAGCGCCAGCGCCGCAAGCGCAACGACGCCGCCGACGCGCAGGCGGCGCCCAGCCCCGACAAGAGCGCCGCGCUGCCCGCCGCCGCCGCCAUCGCCGCCAAGGGCGACCCCGCCGCCGCCGUCGUGGCCGCCGCACUGGGCGGCCCGGGCUACGACGGCGACGACAAGAACCCCGACGUCAUCCCUCAGCCUGCCGCAGUGGAACACGACGAGCACGCUGACUUCUUAGCAUCCUGUCACCAAAACAUAUCAACGAUUGAAGGCUCCUCGACGGGGGUGAUGUCGCCGAGCCGCGGUCGGCUACAGAAGCAGCCGCAGAGGGCCGUCACGGGGCCGGGACCAGGAGGGGGCGGGCCCUACGGUAGCUACUGUACCCUGCGCAACGGCCUGCCGCUCCGGGAGCUGGCCCCGGUCAGCCCGCCGAUGAUGCACUCUGGAGUCGAGCAAGACCUGCACACGUCAGCACAGACGACGGGCGCAUCGCUAGAGCACGUGGGCACGCCGGUCGGCGUGAUCGCGCACAUGUCUUCUGCGACGCUGCCUCGCCACUGGCAGUCGCCGGGGGCGGUGCCGGCGCCGGCGUCGUCGGUGGUAGCGACGCCUGCCGGCUACCCCGUGCCUCCGCGGCGCCACCUCUACUCCAGCCCCGUCCACCUGCUGACGUCAGAGCAGCUCACUGCGGCAGGGCCGGUGGCCAACAAGCGCGAGAGCACCGUCUGACCGGAGGCCGAGCUCUGAGGCCCGGGCCCGGGGGACCCGGGGGCGGACCGGGGGCGGCGUCGCUCCCGCGCCGGCGCCACCUCCAGCAGGAGGCUGCGACCCGCCAACCCGCGCUCGCCACGCCAGCUCCCCGCCGACCUGGACCCCGACAUCGCCGACGUUGCUCUCUGAUUUCGCUGUGCCGCAAGUGUAUCCUCAGGGACGAUGUAGCUCUGCAGUGAAUACAUAGCUCUGCAAUACCUGAAACAGUGGACUAAAUAGUUAUACCGUUCCGCUAAGUCUGAACUGAGAACCAGCAGGUAUCGUAAAUUCGAAUUACGGACUACAGCCGACGCGUCCCAGGAUAACAGUGAAGCGACGUCUAUAGCACUGGACAUAAAACUUCAGGAAAAGACAUCGCCAAUUUGGGUAAAAGAAUCUAUGUUAAUAUGAGAACAGAAAUUCGUAAAUACAAUGAUACCGUGUAUAUAACAGCAGGUACAGUGAGGUUUGCAACACUCAGAAAUCGUGUCUAUAAAGUGUCCCAUUUUUCAUGAAUACAUACAUGUGACCAUGCUGCAGUUCCCAAACAUGUCUUCGUUACUGCGAAGACCCGCCGUUCAUGACCGAACAUGAGUAAGGCCCUACCACCGGCAAAGAAAAAACGGCGAGUAGCUACGGCAGGAGGAGAUGCGAGCUCUAGUGGUGAGUAAGUUAAUCACGUGGCGCCUGAGACAUCUGCGAAGUCGCAAGUGGGCAGAGCCGAUUAAAGGCGGCCCCAGCACUUGCGUCGUCUCCAGUAACAACUGCCAACUCGACGCAGUUAUUCACCUUCCCUUUCUCGCACUACAGCCGAGUGAGAACCACGCGGACCAACCACAGGGAUUGCUGUCAUCGACAUUCCACACUCCAUAAAUAAUACUUGCUUCCGAGCUUGCCGGCCGACAGGGUCCAACAAUAUACACAUGGAAAGACAGCUCAUUACCUGAAGCAGUUGUCUGGAUACCUAGCUUUUCGAGUCUCACCGAACAGCUGAGUGCUGGUACCUUAAGUCAAGAGGACAUGCAGCCCACGGCAUUAACCUAAUUCUGCGUAACGUAUCUGGCGGGAUAUUCAGCAUCAUUGCGACAUGCACACCUGCACUCCUAUAGAACGCGAGCCGCACAGCUUGUGGAGUGUUGCUGCUGUCAGGUAUUUUACUGAUCUGUUUUAUUCCACACUGUAUGAUGAGGACAGUCUCGAAAUUUUAGAAGUGAAGUCUCGCAGUCAGUCGCCAUUCUGUCACAACGUGGACGGAAGGAUCCUUUAGCUUGUGCUCAGACUGACCUCAUGUUUGCAGGAAUUUAUGAUUUUUGAGGCUACAAAUAUGCAAAAACCUAUUUUCCAUCUUUAUUUUCUUGUAACGUAACCAUUAAGAAAAUUCUUGCGAAUUUAAAUUGAAACAAAAUGAAUUAUCAGGAACUUUUACCCCUAUUUUCUCGACAUUAGGGUCCAUAAUAUGAGUUCCACAACAUUUCAUUGCAGUUCUGCAGCACUGAAUAGACGCACGUCGAUGGUAUGAAGCGCGGUAUCAUUUACUUGUGAUGGUAUCGCACUGAUCCUAGGAAUCUGCAGAUUUUGUUGAGAUGCAUUAAACUCUAUCGUUAUCAGCGUAGUCAAAUCAUACGCUAGAAUUGUCCGGAAUGUUCUUCAAACCAAACGCUUAACUUUUUGAUAAAUUCAUGAGAUAUUUACGAUGAACUAUAUCGACGCGAUGCUGUUAUAUUCUGAAUGGUGUUAUGUGCCCUCACUUUGACGAUUUGUUAGUUACGAGUCAUCAAGAGUAAAAAUAUCGAAUUUUCACUCACGGGCUUUGUUGCAGCUAGCUCUCAGAUUUUGCAUAUUUGUAAUCCUUACAGCAAUAUCCUGUGCAGGAACAAGAGCUUUCUUGGAAUGGCGAUUGCAACUUGUGUAAAAUUCUUUAAUCGGAGGAAAACGCGCUACCUACAGUAAAGGAAACCAAUACAAUAUUACCAUAGCCCUUUUGUAUAUUAGUUGUUUUCUGCAGUUUUAUCUGAAGAAACUUCGUAGAAAAUGAACACAGAAAUUCAAUCAGUUUCACUAUGUUAAUUGAACAUGCAGUUUUUCAGUAAUUAUCCAAACAAAAUUUUGCAGUAACAAGACAGAUCCAUACAGUUUUUCUGUAUCCCUGCAAAACUCUAAAUUCUUGUCUGAACUACACAACCCAGUUGUCUUACACUGUGAUCCUUUUGGCUAUUCAUGAAACAGCUUGCCUUUUUCCGCUGUCAGUACACGACAAGGUACUACAUAUGUUGCUCAUUAAAGUCAAAAUAAGUGUAUGAUUUACACGAACAUUUAAAAUUUUGAGCAACAUACAUCUGCAACGAAGGCACUGCUUUUAUAAUAUUCUGACAAGAUAAAAUAAAAAUGGCUACUGUGUAAGUCCUCAGAAACUUUGUAUAUAGCUUCUGGUUUUUGAAUCCCACAAUAACGAGCACAUUUGCUCGUAAGAAAUUGUGAAACAAGUCUUGAACUGAAACAUGUCAAAUCUUGGUAGAAACAGGGUAAUUUCAGCUACUGAAAAUGGAUAUAAAAUGAUAAUAAACGUUUGUGCUCACGAAUUUCUUUGCUGUAAGUAUCUACGUGGGACUGCCCUUGAUUUUCCUGUAAAUGUAUGGACAUUUGAAGUUUGGCGCGUUAGUAUUUUCAUUGUCGUGGAGAAUGGAUGAUACAUCACAAAUCUAAGCAAACAACUCAUUUUUAAAUGUGAAAACAGGUUGUGUGUAACUACCCUUCGUACAGUGUGUGCAACAAUGAUAUCUCAGACAUUAUCAGUGACAGACAAUGAAUGAACUGAAAUAACUUUUUGAGAAACAGUCAAGUGCCCUUUUGUAAAUUACUCAUGUUUGUGAAUGAACUGUUUUUGUAUCCUGUUCUUUGUGGUAUAACAAUACAUUUUCGGUGUUUGUAUAUAUGGCAAAUCAAAUUGUUCAAAACUCAAGGAAGAGGAUACGAACUCGUUACUGAACAUACUAAUAAAUGUUUAAAAUAUCUUUAAAGAACAUGACAUGUAAGAAAAACACUUUGUGUAUUUUUGUUACUCCUUACAAUUAAACAACUGUUUCUUUGCACAUUUCCCUCAAUGGA